GCAUAAACACCGCAGCCGGCGAAAGUGCGGCGAGGAAAAGCAGCCGCCGUUUACCUGCGGGCCGGGAGGCGCGCGGCGCGGCCCGCUGUGGGGGGAUGAAACGGUUGUUCGCGGCCUCACCGGGAGGGCUGAGUUGAAGGGGCUUGACCGCGGCCCGCGGAGGAGUGCCCAGCUGCCGGACGGAGGGGCCCGCCCGGGGAGCUGGAGUUGGCGGGUACCGGGAGCCCCCAUGGCGCCGCGCCUGGGAAGCGAUGGGCUAUUGCGGUUAGUGCCACUGAGUCUGGGUUCGCACCCUCGUAGCAGGCUGAACACAACAGCCUCAUCAGAGCUUUCGAUUCAUAUUCUCUUGAACAAGCUCCCCCGGCAGAGCAGUCUGACUGCGUGGGAGGGCUUGCACGAUGGGGACGUACGAAAGAUGACGUCUUUUGCAAGAGGAGAUUAUAUCUGCUGUUUUUCAUUGCAUUGAACAUUUGCACGGAGUACACCAACGCUGGGCAAUCAUGAUAAUGUGUUUCUGUGUGAGAACAGUAGGGACAAAGUUCGAGCUGUUCUUCAUUGACGCUUGCUGUAGGACCUGCAGGACGGGCUGGAGGACCAUAGCGUUCUGCAUGAAAAAUCAGCUGGAAUGUAUGCAUUUAGUAUCCACUGAUAACAGCGAUACAACAGCAGCUUUAUCCAGGUCCCAUUUUUACAUUUCUGUUGCUUUUAUACUAUAGGGAAUAUUAGUAAAUGUAUUCUACAGAGCAGAACAUUCAAAAAGAUUAUUCUCAGUGUUGACAUUCAAAAGACUAUUUCAUGUUUAGAGAUCAUCAGGGAAAGAUAUUUUAAGCAUUUUGUUGCAAGAGAGCAAAAUUUGUAGUGCUAGAACUCAGUCUUGCAAGUGCCAAUGCCUCUGCUUAAUUUUACAGGCCAGUUAAGUGUAAGCAUAAUGGUCUGCUGCACUAGGGCUAGUCUAUAUUCGCGAAAUUGAUUAGUUACUUAGAUUAUUUUUUUAAAUGAAUAUAUGCCUUAAUGAAACUAUAAGACUGACUUUUGGCAAAUUUUUGUGUCUAAUAUUUAAAAAUGUGCAAAGAUGCCAGAUUAGAAUUUUUAAAAAUGAUAUUCUAAAAGAGCCCUGUUUCACAAGACUAACUGAUUCACGUUUCCAUUUUCAUAGGAAGAAACAAGAAUGUCACAAAAACAGCUGAAAGAAGCUUUUAUCAGUAACUUAAAUGGAACAACUUUGCUGGAAAUUUCAGUAGGCUUGUCUCUAGCUCCGUUAUGUCUGCUUUGCAGAGGACUUCUGUUACUUUUAUAUUAUCUGCACUAUGGGAAACCUUUAAGUUCAAGGAAAUACAAUUUGCUGCUAGACUUUAUUGUGCUAAUAUCUCCUCUCCUGUUCUCCUGUACAGUCUUGUCUCCACUCAUCUUUUUUAUGCCACCUGUCAUUGCAGCCUUCUGUGCAGGAAUAUUUUCUAAAAUAUACAGCCAAAGAAAAUGUGGUAUUGGAGUGUCUUUUAGGCAAAUUGUAAAUGACUUCCAGGAGACAUGCUUAGAUCCAGAAUACAUUCCAUCAAUAACUCUGUUCCGUGUUUUUGUCAAUGUGUUGACAUCAAUCAGCAUAUUAGCAGUGGAUUUCCCACAAUAUCCAAGGCGAUAUGCUAAAACAGAGACCUAUGGAACAGGAGUUAUGGAUUUGGGGGUAGGAGCUUUUAUUUUUGGUAAUGCUCUUGUUUGUCCUGAAGUUAGACAAAAGUCUUGUUCAAUACAACCAAAAUUUUCCUAUCUGACCAGGCAGGUUUUUUCCAUUUGGCCAUUGAUUGUUCUUGGUGUGGGACGGCUGUUUAGUGUUAAAUCUAUAGAAUAUCAUGAACAUAUUUCAGAAUAUGGAGUGCACUGGAAUUUCUUUUUUACCUUAGCAUUUGUGAGACUUGCAGCAUCUCUGAUUUUGACUGUAUUUCCAAAAAAUAAAUCUUGGAUUGUUGCUGUGAAUCUUGCUAUAUUUUACCAGCUUAUUCUUAAUAUUACCUCUUUGAAGAUGUUUGUCUUACAUGGGAGCAAUGGCAAAGAUACUAGGGUUGGAUUUUUAAAUGCUAACAGGGAAGGACUGUUCUCGCUUUUUGGAUACUUAGCCAUAUACAUGGCUAGUGUGCAGGUUGGACUCUAUGUGCUGAAGUGCAGAAACUUUGUCAAAGACUGGAUCAAAGCAAUAUGUUUCUUAAUUCUGAUGGUUCUUGUGCUCUUUAUAUUUCUUCAUUUGUCACAAGUACAUGUAGAUCCUGUGUCCCGCCGGAUGGCUAAUCUCUCUUACUGCAUAUGGGUGGUUGCUCACUGUCUGACCUUAUUCAUCUGUUUUGUAGUGAUCGAUCUCAUGUUGGUAUUUACAAAGCUUCUUAUAAAUGGGUCCAGUGUGCCCUGUUGUUGGAAUGUUAUACAGCCUGCCCAUUCCAGUAAAAAGCAUGACACAGAGGCCAUGCCUGUCAAAAGGGAAAGCAAGCUGCUGCACAUUUGCCUGAUCAGUGCUAUUGAUAAAAAUCAAUUACUAUUUUUCUUGCUAGCAAAUAUUAUGACUGGUAUUGUGAAUAUAAUUAUAGAUACAAUUCACAGCAAGACUUCAUUUGCAUUGUUUGUACUACAUUUGUAUAUGUUUUUAAACUGUUUAAUUAUGUAUAUAUUGCAUGCAAAAAAUAUAGUAUUAAAAUUUUGGUGA